AUGAAAUUCACAACUCUUCUCGCCGCGCUCGUAGGAGCCGCGGGUGCCGUGUCCGUCCAAGCCCAAGAUAAAAACAAGAAAGGCAUAGACAAGAUAGGAAAAUACCGCCCUCCGUGGGAAUCGAAGAAAUGGGGGGAUGAGAACCGCCACAAGGCGCAGAAGGACGAGGAGCCUCCCGACGACCGCCGGUCGGACCCGAUCGAACGGGAAGGCCCAGACGACAUAACACAACAGGAGCCGUACGAUUCGGCGUCAUUGGACGAUGGGGACCGCGACGAGGAGCCCCCGCCUCCCGGGAACGACACGAUCGAUCACGUCUCCGAAAGGCACCAAAACGAACAAAACGCCUUGGGGAUAUGGGAGACCAGAGAGCGCUACAUCCAGCGGUUCGAAAACCCGCGGCAGAGCGCGGUGCUCCCGCAGGAGUGGAAGGUAUACGAGGGGUUGGCGGAGGUGAACAAGGGCCAGUUAUGGUUCCGGCCCGUCAAUAUGGACUGGACGGCGUACGCGCUGGUGGAGGACGGGUUGGUGGCCAAGGACUUUAACCUCACGACGAGGGUGACAAUUAGGAAGGCGAUGGUGACGAGGAAAAAACCCGACUUCGCGCCCGGGGCGGGGGUCUUCAUACGGGUGCAUCAGCGGCAUCACAUGAGCGGGACGAUCGGGAGGGGGAUCGUGGUGUGGCUCAACAUCAACAACUUCUUGACGGUGCACAGGGUUCUAAAGGGUCAUCCCAAGGUUACCGACAUGGUGCCGAUGUCCAUCUACCAGAUGAAGCCUUAUAAGAUGAAGAUCAUGGUCUCCGGCGAGUCGCUGAGGGUCUGGGUGGACAAUAUGGACGUUCCGGCGUUGACUACCAAGGCACCCUGGUUGAAAGGGGGGGCUUUUGGGCUCAUGUCAGACAAGGCGGAGGCGUCUUUUGAUUACCUUCAGGUGUAUAAUAACUGGUUUGACUAA